AUGCUGAAAGAGUUAAGCUUAAACAUUAUUCUUCUUGAGGUGUUAGAGCAGAUGACUGGAUAUGCUAGGUUUAUGAAGCACCUGGUUACAAAUAAGAAAGGGCCUAUUAUUGAGGAUGUUGAUGGCUUGCACCAUUGUAGUGCAGUUACUACUAAAUCUCUAUCUCAGAAAAAGGGUGACCCCAGAGCAUUCACUAUACCAUGUACUAUUGGGUCAUCUCGAUUUGCUAGAGCCUUAUAUUUCUUAGAAGCUAAUAUAAAUUUGAGGUCACUGGCUGAGUUUAAGAAAUUGGGCUUGAACCCUCCUGAACCAACUACAAUGCGACUGUUGAAGGCUGGCCGCAUGGUGAAGAAACCUAUGGGAAUUUUAUUUGAUGUGAUUGUGAGAUUUUAUAACUUUAUCUUUUUGGCUGACUUUGUCAUUCUAGACUAUGAGGUUGACACCGAUAUGCCCAUAAUAUUGCGGAGACUAUUUAUGGCCAAAGGUAGAGUGACGGUUGACAUGGGAAAUUGA